AUGCUCUUUGGUGGGGCGUGGACAGUGAUGUCAUCUAUCAAAACCCGGUCAUUAAAACAACGACCCGGUCUGCGGGGGUGGGGCACUAAUCUGACGACAGGAACCCCCGGCUAUUUGAUCAUCCACGCUUCUUAUAAUGUCGUGACGCGACCUCAAACAGUGCACGAUAUCCAGAGCGCACAUCAAGGCAAAGACAAUAUGCCACCAUCCUGGCCUCCCUCAGGGGCGAACGAACUUGGUAUUGCAACCUUGUCCCUCGGCAACUGGAGAGAGCACCGGCUCGCACCACGGCUGGAAGCAGCGGCUAAAGAUGGCUACAAAUGGAUCGAUCUAUUCGACGAAUGCUGGGCCGCAUAUCUCGAGGAGCAUGGAUUACCGGGCGAUCAGCUAUGGGAGCCCUCUCCUGAGAACCUGGCAGUCGCCCAUAAGCUUGGCAACCUGGUGAAGUCUCUCGGCAUGCGCAUCGCCUGCACACAGCCGCUCCGGACGAUAGAGGGAGUCAAAGAUCCGGUCGAGCGACGUGCCAACUUCGAUCUGGUUGCAAAACGUUUUCCAUUUAUGCGUGCCUUUGAUACCGACCUCGUGUUUAUGUGCGCCAAUAUUCGAACCGAUAGCGGUGUCACGUCCGAUCUGAAGACUGUUGCACGCGACCUUGCAGAGCUUGGUGACAUGGCGGCAGAAUAUGCGAGAGCAGAUGGUGGACCCAUGCUCAGGAUUGGUUAUGAGGGAUUGUCUUGGGCGAUACGGAAUACUUGGUCAUCAUCAUGGGAGGCGGUGCGCUUCGCGAACCGUCCAAAUGUUGGCUUGAUUGUCGAUGCUUUCAAUGUGUUGGCCGUCGAGUUUGCGGACCCUUAUAACCCUGACGGUCAUGGUCGCAUAUUUUCUACACUAGAGGAAUCUAUUCAGAUCCUCACUGACUCGAUGACAGCGCUGGCUACCACCGUUCCUGGCGAUCGAAUCUUUUUCUUCCAGUGCGGAGACGCAGAAUUGGUAAAUCCAGCAAAGUUUUUGCCUCCCUCUGAUCCAAACACUCCGGCUCUUCUGCCAUGGUCGCGAAGUCAUCGCCUCUAUCCUUUAGAGGAAUCACGAGGUAGUUAUAUGCCGGUGGAAAUUGUCGGAGCUGCAGUAUUGGCAACGGGUUAUCAAGGCCCGGUCUCGCUUGAGGUAUUCAAUGCAUCUUUGAACAAGCCCGGAAACGAGACUCCAAGGGAGCACUCUAAGAGAGGAAUUGUCGGUCUUCAAAAGCUCAUGAAAGCCGCAAAUUCCUUGCCUCCCUUUUGGAAAAGCCGCGAAGAUGCUCGGCAAGCCAUGGCCCAAGUUAUUGAGCGCCUACAGAGUCACCCUCGAUCUUUUGAAAAGCUUUAG